AUGGCCGCUCCACCUGCAAUUGAUCCUACAUCAGGAGCAUCACCACUAGUCCAGCCAAAUGUCCCACAUGCUUCGACGAACGUCUCUCCUGCGUUUGACCCUCGGAAAGUUACCGUGGUGUACGUCCUGGGUGGUCCCGGUUCUGGGAAGGGCACGCAAUCUGCAAAUCUAGUGCGAGACUACGGCUUCGUACAUCUCUCAGCAGGCGACCUGUUGAGGGAAGAGCAAGACAAUGAAGGCAGCGAAUAUGGUCAGCUGAUCAAAGACUACAUCAAGGACGGAAAGAUAGUACCCAUGGAAAUUACGGUAAAGCUGCUAGAGAACGCCAUGCGCUCAAACAUGGGUAGCGAAGAGUCAGGGAAAUUCUUGAUUGACGGGUUUCCGAGAAAGAUGGACCAAGCCGUCUUCUUCGAGCAGUCCGUCUGUCCCUCUCGGUGUACGUUAUUCCUCGACUGUCCAGAAGACGUCAUGCGUGAGCGGUUAUUGAACCGGGGAAAGACAAGUGGGCGGUCGGAUGACAAUGAGGAGAGCAUAAUCAAGCGGUUCAAAACUUUCGUGGAGACGAGUAUGCCCGUCGUGGAUAUGUUUGAGAAGGAAGGAAAAGUCGUCAGAGUCUCAGCUGUGGGAGAGAUGGGGGAGGUCUAUGAGCAUGUUGUUGAAGGCCUGGCGUCGAUGGGAAUAUCGCCCUCAAAAUGA